UGCUGGCCUCAACGUCGCUUCUUCCACUCCUCGUCACUUUCUCUCUCUCUCUCUCUGCCUUCCCCUCAUUUCAGCUCCGCCGCUCUACUUUCUUUUCUCUCACCUCUCCACCGCUGCCCUUUUCUUACCUCUCAUAGAAUGUUCUGCUCUGGUAUUAUCCGCCUAUGCUAGAGCUUCCCUUGUUUUCGAAAUCCCUCGAUUUUGGAUCUGCCACUGGCCAUGGCGGAUUCCAGUGGUCACUCGCCUUGGGGUGGAUCGCCUUGGUCUGGUAUGGCAUUGUGACAGCAGUUUGCGGUUUGGGAUACUAUAAGAUAUGGAAAUACUUUCUCCGACGACCUCAGAAAUCACAUUCAGCCAACACACCGGAUGCCCCCCAUGUCACCGUGAUUCGCCCUGUAAAAGGUCUCGAGCCACACCUGUACGACUGCCUUGCCUCCAUAUUCCGUCAGGAGUACCCACGCAACAAAUUAACAAUAUACCUCUGCGUGGCCACCCAGAGCGAUCCCGCCUACCUAACCCUUCAAAAGCUGGUCUCUGACUUUCCCCACGUCGAUGCGCGCGUUCUUGUUGAAGAGGAAGACCCAUUGCUUCAACGGGAUCAUGAACCUAUUUACCAUCUCGGGCCUAAUCCCAAAAUCCGGAACAUGAGUCGUGCAUACCGGGAAGCCAAGGGUGAUAUUAUUUGGAUUGCGGAUUGUAACGUGUGGGUUGGGAAAGGCGUCUGCGGAAGGAUGGUGGACAAACUUUGCGGCUUAGGGCCCAACUCCAACAGGCAGUACAAAUUUGUACACCAUCUGCCCAUUGCAGUAGAUGUGACGGGAGCUCCUAGUUUGCGGGAGGGCCAACAGGUCUUGCGAGAGGCGCACAGCAACCAAAAGCGCGGUUCAGAGGGGGAAUUGGCUACAGAAACAGUGGCCAGUCCAUACAAGCUUGGUCCCUUGGCCAUGGGAGGAGGUCGUCUCGAAGAACUGUUUCUAUCCUCUUCACAUGCCAAAAUGUACACUGCUAUCAACACAGUGCUCAUAGCACCGUGCAUUGUUGGAAAAUCGAACAUGUUCCGGCGUUCUCAUCUCGACUACCUUACGACCUCACCCCCAACUGACACUCGUCAACGCAACCCGGGAAUCGAUUACUUCUCUGACAACAUUUGUGAGGACCACCUGAUCGGGGACCUGCUUUGGAAGAAUAAAGUCCGCGAGGAGAAGGAAUCGGGGAAGGCCCUAGGGAAGCAUGCGAUGGUGUUUGGAGAUCUUGCCUUCCAACCCGUGGCGAACAUGAGCGUCCGUUCGUAUAUAGCGCGUCGGGUGCGCUGGUUGCGUGUCCGCAAAUUUACAGUGAUGCUGGCAACGCUGGUUGAACCUGGCACGGAGUCAAUUCUGUGCUCGUUGUAUGGAGCUUUCGGUGUCACCACCUCUCUAGCACAACUACUGCAAGACAAGGGAUACGAUUUUGCAGCCAGCCUUUCCACAUGGACAGCUUUCUUUGCAUUCCUUGGGCUCAGUCUGUUUCUUUGGAAUCUCGUUGACUGGACGGUAUACAUCAUGUUGCACUCUGCCAAGACCGUUGAGGUAGACCAUCAUAGUCCCGCAUUUGUGCUUCCAGCUCGUGGACGCCUAACGAGACGUCCAUUCUCACGUUGGUUGGCUGCAUGGCUUGGGCGAGAGACGCUUGCCUUUCCCAUCUGGUUUUGGGCAAUCUGGGGCGGCCAAACUGUUACCUGGCGCGACCGCCAAUUCCGCGUUGGGUUCGAUAUGAAAACCCAUGAGGUUGGGGGAUCGAAAGCUCGAGGAGAUUAAUGCUAGCACGACUAUAGAAAGUAUCAGGAAUCAAAGAACCAACGAACAAAAAAGUAUUUAUUUUAUU